UACGUGGAAAAGCACCAAAGACCGCAUGGCGUUAAAAAGCAGUGCAUUUGUUCCAACGGAAGUUGCUUUGGGUGGACGUCAGUUGCUCGGAGAGCAUAUGGAAUCUCAUUACAGACGCAUACAGACGGCAAGACCGGCGGUGGACACGGCGGAGCCCAACUCUAUGUCGUCACACAUUAAACUUAGAAACAAGACAAGAAAACAACAUAAUGAGACUAGAGCUCGAACAGCUUUACAAGAAUCUCGUAUUGGAUCAACGUUGUCUUUGGAUGGUUUAGACUUGGACCAACCAGUGAAUGGUCAUGAUACGUCAAAUGUAGACGAAGUUGACAAACUAAAUAUGGUUCAACGUUUUGGUCCUCACCCAUCAUUUGUGAGAGAGUCAUCUGUUGAUAGACAGUCUCUCAGUUCAACAGCAUUGCAUAGUCAGAGCAACAUGUCACUGUCUUUGUCAGAUGGUCUGCAAUGUGUGGAUUCACCGAGGGUUGUAUCUAAUACGACAAGCAGUCAGAGAUAUCCACACAGGUUGAAAGAGAGAUAUGUACUGAAAUCUAAUGACAGACAUCAAUGUGUUGAAGCAUCACAACGACGUACACUUGCAUGGAAACCUAGUGGAACAGCUGUUAGAGAUUAUAUGGGAGCAAUACCUGUAGGAGUACAAAUGAGCUUACAACGUUCCUCUCAGAAGCGAAGGGAGAGAGGAGACGUACGAGCGAAACAAGAUAUUAGAAAACUUGAUAGGACAGAUGGUGUGGAGUCUACUGAAAAACACGUUUUUCAAACCGAUGACAAUCGUAGACAUACGAGCAGUGUGUUGGGAAAUAAUGAUAGUUUACACAAUAAACAAGGAUCUAGACAUCAAAAUGAAUCUGCUAAUUCUCACGCUGAUAUGUUACACGAGCAACAGGAACUUGCUGUCUCAAUUGGCUCUACAUGUGAACACGACUUGAUCAGUCUUAGUCUAUCCAGCGUGCAGCCUGUUUUAUUGCUACACAAACAAGCAAUGGCUGAGAAAAGUCAGAAGAGAGCAGCAGAAGAACGAGAACUUCAGUAUUUACAAUUUGUAUCAGAAGUCACAUCCGACAUUCUAACAAGAGGUGUCUAUAGUGAUCAAGCUUUACAAUUAGUCUUUAAGUCUCAUGUUGAGAGAAGAAAAGCCGACUUAGAUGAAGAUAUAUUAUAUCAGAAACUUGAUCAGCUCAAGAUAGAUCUCGGUCUCCAAUAAACUGGCCAUUUGUUGUGGGUAAUUGUUGAGAUUACAAUAGCAAAUUAAUAUUAAUGUCAUACAGCUUGUAUUUUUCUCUUGAUCAUUCAAUAAUUUUGAUUGACUUUGCAUACAAAUCAGUCAAUUCACAGACAUAGAUGCUUUGAAAUUCAUUAUGUUGUAUUUUAGUAUUUUGAUACUUACAUUAACAUAUUUGAGCUACUGUAACUCAAUGACGUCUCGUCUGUUUGUUGCU